AUGGCUGAGUCUGAGUACGGCGCGGCUCUCUGGGUUCACGAUAGGAUAGGCGCUCGAAACUCAGAUGCUGAGCUGACUGCCCCGCUUCUCGCUGCGCAUUACACCGCUCAGGAUGCACCGAAUGUGUCUACUAGCAGCCACCCACAAUUAUGUCCAGCUUUGCCACCCAUUGGAAUGCGUCACCACUACUAUGCUCCUCAUGCACACUCGUACCAGUUCACAAACCCUCAAAGACCAUCGCAAACCUGGAGCGGGCCUCCGCACCUACAUCCUGACCAGGCAUUCUAUGACCCUAGCGUCAUUUCCCAGGGUGACCAGCUACGCCAUCACCCAGGAGCACCGAGGCACGACUUUCCGCUACUAGGGUCACCACAUGCAGCGCCUCCUUCAAAUCCCCGACAUCGACAUGAUUACAGACGACACGAUCACAGAAUGAGUGCCGGAGCGGUGACAGGUAGUAUACCUACUGACAUUACACGCUUCCCUGAAGCACGGGAUUCAGUAGCACCCCCGGAAGCCCGGUUUCAGCAUCCGCGACUACCUCUUCAAGAAGCAAUCCACCCAGGUGAGCCAAUGUAUUCUGGAUUGCCUGCACGUCAGUGGACGUCACACGAGGUGCCGAACCGCCGCUCAGACCGUAGCGUAUCCCCGCGCACGUCGAAUCGCCGCAACUUUGACCGAUACUCGGUUGACCUCUCCCAUUCGAGCACGUCGUCUGACGCAGAAGAAGCGGCUGCCCGUGCACCGCCACUGAAUCGUAUGAGGCAUCGAUCUAGAGAGGUGCGGCCGCGUAUCGCGGGCCGCUACCCGCCUCAAUUCGAUCCUAAUAUCGCUACUGCUCGCCAAAUCGAUCAAUUGAAAAACAGCCUCCAACGGCAUCUACCAAGUGCGCUUCCAGAGAAAGCGUCCAAGGCUUGUGACAUAUGCCAGAAGGACUAUGCCGCUACACAUGUGUCACCUACAGAAGAGGAAGAAAUCGCCAUUGAACUCUCGUGCGGACACACCUUCGGAGAGUUCUGCAUAGGUCAAUGGUUUGAGACGUGCAGAACACACAAGAACAAAGUCACCUGCCCCAUGUGUCGGAAGCAGCUCAUCGAAACACCACGAUUUAUGCCGAGCAUGAUGCAGGGGCAAGCGUUUCUUGAUCUACUCGCUCGCCAGAAUAUGCACGUCACUGAUCUCUACAGCCACUUUCCGCAGGCGUGAGCGAUGCGAGGGAUUCGACUCAGGAUGUGAUUUUCGAAGCUAUGAUAUCAUUGUUUUACACAGAUGGCCUUGGCAGGGCGAUCGAGGCGUUGCAGAUGGGUAGGGUGUUUUGGUGAGUGUUGCACAACAAGUGCGUAAUUAGGGUGAAGAGGAAUCAGACUGGACAUGUACAUAGCAUGGUAGGGAGGGGCAUAUAAACAUCAGCAUCUUUGUGGAUAGCACUUUUGCAUGUGCAGCCCUUGCGUCGAUCUGGGCUCCACUUCCCGGGAUGCCUGGAAUUCAUCGUUGCCCGGAGCCCACCUAGCCCCAAACAUGCACCCCGCC